AUGAUAAUAGACAAUGAUAAAGAUUUUCCAAUGACUAGCAAAGAAAGUAGUGGUGGAGGUGCGGCAGUCUUGUUGUCGUCGACCAUCGAUCAAUAUUCUGAAGAUGAAUAUCAAGACGAUGACCAAGGUUUAUUGCCAAGAGACACCAUUCACCAACAUUUGGAUAAUAAUAUUGUUAGACAUCGAGAACCUAUACAGAUAGAGGAUGAUGACAUGACAGAGGGACUUGUAUCAUCAAAAGAAAUAGAAUUUCAUAAAGAUGAAGAAAAAGAAAAGGAAGAAGAAGAAAGAGAAGAAGAAGAACAAGAUGGAGCAAAUACAAAUAAUUCAAAAUUCCAAGAUAUAUUCCCUCCAUCUUAUGACUCACCACCUACAAUAAUUAAUCUUGAAAAUACCACAACAUCGAAAUACAAUCCAAGAUUUAAAAAUUACUUUUCUAGAAAGAAUUUUAAAUUAUUUACACUGGUAUUAUUAAUAUCCAAUAUGGGUUUUGGUACCUUUUUUAGUUAUACUUCUGCUCAAAGUUUAUCAUAUACUUUUUAUCAAACAUUUUCAAUUAAUUCAAGUCAAUAUGGUAAUUUAUUUACAUUAUAUGCAAUACCAAAUAUUUGUAUGGUAUUUAUAAGUGGUAUUUUGGUUGAUAUUUAUGGUCCCGAUAAAAUAAGUAUUAUACUUUCAACCAUUGUAUUUAUUUCAACAAUGAUUGGAGCAUUCUCUCCUCCAAACUAUGCAAUGAUGCUCUUUUCAAGAUUUCUAUUAGGAUUUGCUGGUGAAUCAUUGGUGUCAUGCUCCAAUGCACUCAUGACUAAAUGGAUUCCUGAAAGAAAUCUUCCGAUUUGUCUUGGGUUCCUUGUAGGUUGGAUUUAUUUUGCCAAUUUAAAUUCACUUGUAAUCCUACCAGCCAUAAACAAGAGUUUUGGUUUUAGAAUUUCUCUUUGGUUUAUAUUUGGUGUUCAAUUAUUAUGUUUAUCAUUAAAUAUUUUUUAUUUAUUAUUUAACAAAAUCUUUAAAGAAAUAUCAAAAGAAGUAGAAAUGGAUGAAUUAUUAUCAAAUUUGGAAAGAAAUGGUGGUGGAGAGAUUGAUAAGAGUAUUGAUGAUUAUGUAUUUUUACAAGAAGAUUUGGAUAGUAAAGAAACCAGUCAAGGAAAAAAAUCAAUUAAACAAUAUUUAAUAGAAUCUUUUGAAAAGGUUAAAUUUAUAUUGUCACUUAUUCCACUUAGAAUGUGGAUUAUUUUUGGAAUUGUAUUCUUUGGAUACACUGCAAUGUAUGCAUUGGCAAUUAUAGGUCCAGAUUUAUUUGGUUUAAAGUAUGGUUAUCAAGAACAAAUUGCUUCGCUCAUACUUUCAUCAGAGACUAUAUGUUCAUCGUUUUUGUCACCCAUAUUUGGUAUUGCAAUUAAAUUCUCUGGAAGAAGGAUUGUAUUUCUUUCAGUUGCAAUGGUAUUGUUGGCAAGUGGAUUAUUACUUUUAGUAUUGACACCAUCAACCAUUACACCAUUACCAUGGAUCAUAAUAUGUGGAACAGGAUUUGCUCUAUUAAACACAACAGUUUAUUCAUCACUUCCAGUUUUCAUUCCUCAACAAGUUCUUGGAACAAGUUUUGGUUUUAUUGGAACUGGAUACAAUUUAGGUUUAGUUGUAUUUCCCCCAAUUCUUGGAGCUUUGAAAGUUUCAUCUGGAAAUUAUGACUCUUUUGUUUAA